AUGUCGUAUGAUCAGCUCUCAAACCUCGAAUCCGGUCGCCGCGGAGGUUACAGCGAUGACCCAGCUUUCCAAGAACUACAAUACGAUCUCAAGAGUAAGCUUCAGACGCUUCUCAGCAGCAACAGAAAACUUGCCAACGAUGUCAACGUAUUGGGAUCACGAAAGGACACCCCGCGCCUGCGGGAGCGAGUUCAUAACAGCAUGGACAAGACGAGGGACAUGUGCAAGGAGAUUGCCGAGGGCGUGAAGAAGCUUCAGACGUGGGAGGAAUUGACCAAGCAACAAAAGUACGAACAAACAAAGGUCUCGAGCGACUUCCAAGCUGCCCUCCAAGAAUUCCAAGGUCUUCAGCGACGAGCCCUCGAAAAAGAGCGCGCAUCCGUUACCGCCGCCCGUGCGGCACAGGAGGGUGAUUCCGCCGAGGGCGCUCAACCCGAUACCCAGUUGGAGCAACUGCAACAACAGGAGCAACCCAUUCAACUCGCACCCCAGGACGAGGUCGACUUUCAAGAAGCGCUCAUUAUCGAGCGCGAGGAGGAGAUUCGCAACAUUGAGCAAGGUGUUGGCGAUCUGAACGUCCUUUUCAGACAAGUUGCGCAAAUCGUCAACGAGCAGGGAGAACAGCUUGGAACGAUUGCAGACAACGUGGAGAAUGUCCGCGACGACACCCGGCAAGCUGACGUCGAGAAUCGACAGGCCGCGCGGUAUCAGAAGGCAGCCCGAAACAAGAGCUGUUGCCUGCUGCUCAUCCUUGCCGUUAUUCUGACAAUUGUCAUCCUGGCCGUUGUCCUUGACUAG